AUGUCAUCAAAAUUAAAAAGCCUUGAUGAAAUGAUUGAGAUUGAUUAUAAACAUGAAAUGGACAACCAAAAAGUCGACCAUAAAAAACCUAAACUCCCAAUGAAAGAAAGUUCUGACUCAUGGAUGGAUGUUCCUGCAAAUACUUUUAAACAUAAAAAAGAUAUCAAAGACCAAAAUAGGGAUUUAGCUAAACAAGCCUAUUCUGCUUAUGAAAAAAAGAUUCAUUGGCUAAAUCAAAAAGAUACUCAAAAAAGUUAUCAACAAUAUAAACAAAAUGAUGAGCUUCGUCAAAAGAUACAAAGUGGAUAUGUUUCUCCUGAAAGAAUUGAUUGUUUACAAAAACAACUUGCUCGAGGCAAAAAAGAAGCUCAAAAGUUUCAUAGAGAACGAAAAGAAAAAUCAUUCCAAAAAGAUUAUAUUAAUUCAAAUAAUAAAAAAUUUAAUGAACAUGUUAAUCAUGCCUAUGACCAAUAUACAUCUGACAUUAAAGAUGCUUUAGAACAUUAA